GCAACGGUACUGACUCCAGAGUGCAGCAACAUGUCCGACAACAGCAGUGACACCUCAGUUGGGUCCAGUCCGUACCAGUCUGACGAGAAUGUGAUGACAUUCGUUAUGGUUGGAGAAGCCGUCGAUACAGAUGACGUUGCUUGCCCAACUCCUGUACGACAUGUUGGAAAUGAAGGGGAACAAUCAACCUCAGGGGCUACACACAAAUUGGCUGAACAAGAGCCAGGUAACAUCGUCAGUAUUGAGGAAGAAAAUAUCCGACUGAGGAAGAGAAUAGAGGACCUGGAGUCCUUAUUUGACCGGAUGUCUGUUUCUACUGCGGACAGUGGGUUUGGCACUGCGAGAAGCAGUCUGGCAUCCUCGAAUAAGAGUUCAAUUAUCCGGAGAAGUCAGAAGCCUGACGUAAACCGCGGUGACAAGAUGAAAGGUGCUUUGAAGAGAUUAUUCACAUUUGGACGACCAAAAGAGACAGAGGGCGUUGCCCGUCCUACUUCAGUACUGCGUGUGGGACAUGACAUGGAGUACCGGACCAAGGAGGCUGCACAUGCUUUGGCUACACAAGGUUCACAGUGGAAAACACUAGGUACAGCAGUGAAGGCAGCUCAGCAUGCUGCUUUCCGACCAGGUACACACAAAAACAUGCACUGCCAGUUGAGAACCUCUCUUUUUUUCUGUGACGAAGUAAACUGUAAGGAUUUUCCAACCACCACUGAAGUUUUGAGUCGUUAUGCAUGCUUUCUAACAGAGAACUUUAAGAGUGUCCAGUCAGUCAGAAACUACAUUUCCGGAGUCAGGACCUGGUCUACCAUCCUUGGCAUAGACACUACAGAUUUUUAUGCUCCUAGUGUCAAACUCACACUAACCGGUCUGGAGAAAACGAGUACACACUUGGUCAAUCAACGCUUACCUUUAUGGCCUUGGCACUUGGAAGCCAUGUUUCAUCAUUUUGAUCCUCACAACAAUGAAGACUUAUCUUUGUGGGCGAUGAUUUUACUGGGAUAUUUUGCUAUGCUCAGAAAAUCACAGUUCAUUAGCUCCACUGGAAACUCGUUUGACCAUUCCAAACAGUUAACAAGAUAUGACAUUUCUUUGGGUGUGUCAGGAUUAACCAUUCGGAUUAAAUGGACUAAAAUCUCUACAGUCCUGCAGAUCAGUGAAUUGUGUGCCUAUAACAAGAAUGCCUCAUUCAUUAUGUUGCCCU